UGAAUUGACAAGACCAAAAAAAGACGUCUAAAGAUGGUGUGUGCUUAGUGUGUAUAUGGAGCGUACAGAAAACCACACAGCACGUGUGAAUAGGUUGUUUACAUAUGUGUAUAUUUAUCAUAACACCGUUUUUAUCUAGUUUGAACGGGCUCCCUGUUAGAAAGGGGGAACUCUUUUGACGCACCGCCCGUGAGCACCGCAGUUAUUACGUGAGCUCGAGGACAGGGAAUUAGACAGCUGGCCGUUUCAACACCGGGCUAAACGCAACCGAUAAAAACAGGAUAGAGGAGGUCAGGACUGCAACGGGGUUGAUUUGGAUCAUAUUAGUUCGGUAAAAGAGGCCGAUUGUUUCCUGCAUAUCCUUAAAAGACCAAAUAUGGGAAUGGGGUUUCGAGGCACAGUAUCCGAUGCUCCAGACUUUGAUGCCAGCGCAGAUGCUGAGACUCUCUACAAUGCCAUGAAAGGCAUCGGCAGCGAUAAGGAGGCCAUCUUGGAUUUGGUCACUGGCAGAAGCAAUGCUCAGAGACAGGAGAUUGUACAGGCGUACAAGUCUAGCUAUGGGAAGAGCCUGAUAGACGACCUGAAGUAUGAGCUGACGGGGAAGUUUGAACGCCUGAUCGUCAGUCUGAUGAGACCCCAGGCCUACCAUGACGCCAAAGAGAUCCACGAUGCCAUCAAAGGGGCAGGAACAGAUGAGAAGUGCCUGAUUGAAGUCUUGGCCUCGAGGAACAACCAACAGAUACACGACCUGGUGGAGGCAUACAAGGAUGCUUACGGCUCAGACAUCGAGGAGGAUGUGACAGGAGACACCUCCGGGCACUUUAAGAAGAUGCUCGUUGUUUUACUCCAGGGUACCAGAGAUGAACCAGGAGUAGUGCAUGCAGACCUAGUGGAGGAGGAUGCUCAGGCGCUGUUUGCAGCCGGGGAGGAGCAGUGGGGCACAGAGGAGUCCAUUUUCAUUAUGUUGCUAGGAAACCGCGGUGUCAACCACCUCCAGAUGGUGUUUGAUAAGUACCAGGAGAUAGCAGAGAAGCCCAUAGAGGACAGUAUCAAGAGUGAGCUGUCUGGGGACUUUGAGAGACUCAUGUUGGCUGUCGUCCAGUGCAUCAGAAGUGUGCCUAUGUACUUCGCCAAGCGCCUCUACAAGUCUAUGAAGGGUCUUGGUACGCAAGACAACACUCUGAUCAGGAUCAUGAUCUGUCGUUCUGAGAUUGACAUGCUGGAUAUUCGUGAGUGCUUCCGUAUGAGCUAUGAGAAGUCCCUGUACAACAUGAUCAAGGAAGACACAUCAGGAGAUUACAAGAGGACUCUGCUCGCCCUGUGUGGAGGAGACGAUGACCUAGCAGGAGAGUUCUUCCCAGAGGCUGCUCAGCUAGCCUACAAGAUGUGGGAAACAAGUGCCACGACCAAAGUUCAGCUCAGACCAACCAUCCGUCCUGCCAGUGAUUUCGACCCGGCUGAAGAUGCUCAGAACCUGAGGAAAGCCAUGAAAGGCUUUGGCACAGAUGAAGACGCCAUCAUUAACAUUGUGGCUAACAGGAGCAACGAGCAGAGACAGGCGAUCAGACAGGCCUUUAAGUCCAUCCUCGGCAGGGACCUGAUGAAGGAUCUGAAGUCUGAGCUCUCUAAGAACCUGGAGAGGCUGAUUAUCGGCCUGAUGCUGACGCCCGCUGAGUUUGAUGCCAAGAUGAUGAGGAAAGCGAUGGAGGGGGCGGGGACAGACGAACAUGCUCUGAUUGAGAUCCUGGUAACCAGGAGCAACGGAGAGAUCCAUGCCAUGAACGCUGCCUACCGGGCUGGCUAUAAGAAGAGCAUGGAGGACGCUAUCCAGUCAGACACCUCUGGGCGCUUCAGUCAGAUCCUCACGUCGCUGGUGCAGGGGGCGAGAGAGCAGGGUCCAGCCGACUGGGACAGAGCAUUGGUGGACGCCCAGGAACUGGCCGAUGCCUGUAACGAAGACUCUGACGACAUGGAGAUUAAGUUCAUGAGUAUCCUCUGUACCAGGAGCUUCCCACAUCUCAGGAGAGUGUUCCAAGAGUUUGUUCGAUGCAGCAAUAAGGACAUUGAACAGAUCAUCAAGAAGGAGAUGUCUGGAGACGUGAAACAGGCCAUGUAUGGCCUAGUUCGGAGUGUAAAGAACCAGUCUAAUUACUUUGCUGAGCGCCUGUACAAAGCCAUGAAGGGUAUUGGCACAGACGACAGGGCUCUCAUCCGCAUCAUGGUCUCACGCAGCGAAGUCGACCUUUUCAACAUUCGCAAAGAGUUCAAGGAGACUCACGACUGUUCUCUCCAUGAAUUCAUCCAGGUAGAAACUAUGGUUGGUGAUACCUCAGGGGACUACCGUAAGACCCUGCUGAUGCUGUGUGGAGGACAAGACUAGAACCAGAACCACCCAGCAGGCGUCCAGAAGGCUCUAGAACACCAGUGGAGCUUCUGGAACACUCUAGAACACCAUCUGAAGCUGACAAUCUACCGGUCAACUGUGCUGUGCGUACAUCCCCAUUGAACCCCAUGGGGAUAGUCAGUCUGCUCUUUUUGUCCCACACCGCUGCCACUCCUCUGCCAAAAGUGACCUAUGACCUCAACAGCCUCCCCAAUAUAGUCCCUGUUCCGUUCAGCCUUCCUAGCUUCCUUGAAGUAAUCACAGAUCUAAUUUGGUUCAAGUGAUUUUAGGGUGCUAACCUUGCUAUACUUACACUUAUCACUAACUAAUGAUGCAUUUGUAAAGAAGUGGAACAGGAGCCAAAGCUCUGUGCUGUCACCUCCGUGUCAGCUAGCCUGUCUUCUUCAUGUCAAAUCUUUCUUCUUCUCUUUAUUUUUUACAGAACUUCUUUAGUGUUAGUGGUAUUUACGUUGAAAGUGAGAGAUAGGAAACUGCUUGCCUAUGUGUCUAACUGUCAACCUAUUGAAGACUUGAACUGUUUUUUUGUUUUUGUAUAGCGCUUCUACAAUGCGAUAGGUCAAUAGGUCAUCCAUCCAAAUGAAUACUGUAUGGUUUUAGGCACGUUACAUUGUUUCGCCUGAUAAUUAAAGGGAUGCGUCUUGGUACUGUA